ACAGCUGAGCCGCAGCAGCAGCAGCUCAAUGCGUCUGUUCGCCUGUGUCCUCGCAGCGUUUCCACUCGGAACUGUCUCAACUUCCACAACAUGGGCGACAAGAAGAGUCCCACCAGGCCGAAGCGGCAGUCCAAGCCCCCCGCAGACGAUGCGCACUGGGACUGCAGCGUGUGCACGUUCAGGAACAGCGCCGAGGCGUUCAAGUGCACGAUGUGUGACGUCAGGAAGGGCACGUCAACACGAAAACCACGGCCGGUUUCUCAGCUGGUUACACAGCAAGCAAAUCAACAGUUUGCACCACCCACACUGCCAAAAAAGGACAAGAAAGAGAAAUCAGAGAAAGACAAGAGCGAUAAAGAACCAACACUGAAAAAGAAAAGCAAUAAAAAGAUCAGGCCAAGGUUAAAAAACAUAGACAGGAGCAGCGCCCAGCAUUUAGAGGUCACAGUUGGAGAUCUGACUGUAAUAAUCACAGACUUUAAGGAGAAAGCCAAACCCACACCCACUUCUACAAAUGCUGCCUCCGCAGACCAACACAGUCAAAGUGGCUCAAGCUCUGAUAACACUGAACAAGGUGUCUCCAGAUGCUCCUCACCCCGGGGAGAAGGCUCGUUGGUCAACGGAGAGACUCACUAACCCUUCACACUCCCAGUCAGCACAAGUGAUUCUUCUGCACUCUCAACAGCCUCAACCAGAGAUUAAACUUCAUGCACAUUUUUUUUUAGAAUACUUAAAAAGCCAGUACGAUAGCAUUUACUUCCAUCUGAGGUUGUAUUUUUCACUGCCUUCCCAUAUGGAUUCAGGAUAUCAGAACUGUAACAGAAAAGCUGAUGAUGAUGAACAGAUUUGGGGAUGGAGUUUGGAUGUGGAUGAAGUAAUGGAUGUUGGUGGAGCUGUAGCACAUGAUGUGGUCUGGGGACUUUCCCUCUCCCACCUCAGAGUUAUGUUAGCAUCACACUCGGGCCUCAUUCAGACUUGGUUAUAUCUUCUGUUACAGGUGAUCUGAUCACAACUGGACAGCUCAAUGUUCAGUUUUGAAUGCGGUUAGACCACAUUCCUUUAGCAGUGUGAACGUAAAUGUCUCCUGAGCCAUGUUGACGGACCACCUACUCAGUUUGCGUCCUCUGACCCGCUACAGCUUCACAAUGAAUUGAAAGAAUUUUUGCACUUUUCAAGCUGUUUAUAGACACAAUCUCCUCAAAAUGUCCCGGAAAUUGGGUUCAGAAAAUUACCGGGGUUUUCCUUUUGCAUGUGAAGAAUGCAGCAGGAGAUAAUCUGGGUCAAAUGCGUUCACAACAACAUGGACAUUUCGGGAACAUACAGGUAGGGGUGGCACCUUGGAAGAGCCUGCAGUAGUGGGGCUUGACAUAUAUUCUGCUGCAAAAAGCUCAGUGAUCUUGUUUAUAGCACAACCAAGCCAGCGUUGGCCUUUACAACCAAAAGCUCUCAAAUCUCAUUGCUUGUCCAAGUUGACAUCUUUGUUAGCGUCUUCUUAUUCUCAUCUUUUUCAUCCUCAGGUUUUUGUAUUCUUCCAGUUUUGUUCUGUUGCGUGUUAGAAACGUCUUCGACAUGCCCAAAUGCUCGCUGUGAACUUUCCCCUGCUGUAUCCUCACAUGAGCUCACUCUGAUAUUCUACUGGGGGGCUGGCAGGAAAAGUUCCAGAAAAUGUCUAGAGCAACUUACUUAGACAUUUAUGUUCUCACAGCCCCUCUGGAAGAUUUCAGGAAAAGACACAUCUGUUUAGUCAGAGUGGUCGGAAACAACAUGAUUUGGUCUUUAGAAAUAGAAAUUACAUGUUUGUAUUUGCAUAUAGAGCAGGGAGGUGAAAUCUGGUAUGAAAGUUGUCUCUGGAGACACAUGAAGAUGCAUUCUAUAGUCAGGUAUGAACUGACGUCCUCAGAGCCGUCCACUUGUGAUCAGAUCUCUGAGACGCAGGUUAAAUCCCAAUCUGAACAGGGCCUUGGUUUGUCGUUGCUGAUGAGAAUAAGUGAUGCAUUGUGAAAGAAAAUGUGAAGAAGUCCUCGGAGAAUUGUAGUUUAUCCUUGAAUUUUGUUAUUAAUUGCACUUAAUGGCAUCCUGUGUUCAUGAUAACACGUCUUAGCAUUAUUUCCACUUUGCCAUUAACAGUAAUUCAUAACACUGUUUGUUACUAGCCUUAUCCAGCUCUCAUUUUAUGACAUGGAUGCAAUAAUUGUUUCACUGUCCAACAUUUGAGUAAAGAUAUUGAACUGUUGUUCUAAGUAUGCUUCUCUUUCACUUUGUAGAGUUGAGCAUGAUGUAAUCCAUAGAAUGAUUUAUAUUGUACAAUACUGUUGAAUAAAAUAAGCUGUAGAUACUUG